AAUCAACACAGGAAGAGAAACACAGGCGAGUAGCUAAUGCUAAUAAGGUGAACGUUAAACGUUCAAGCUAGACAUGUAGUCGAGUUAACACGGCGUUCCCUAAAGGCUAAAAUAGACCAAAUAAACUAAAUUUAUUGUAUUUUCCAACAGCAAAAGAUAAAAUCGGUUAAAGUGCAUGAAGAGAUGCAGGCCUGUGACCCUGGGAUCGGAGCGACGAUGGGAGUCGCUGGUGUUCAGAGUCGAUCUGAGGAUGAAGAGUCUCUUGGAGUAAAAGACGUGAAAAGGACAGCGACCCAAGCAUUUGGAGGUGGCGUUCCCAAACGGAGAAGUUCAUCUAGGUCAAUAAAGAGAAAGAAGUUUGAUGAUGAACUUGUGGAGAGUAGUCUUGUGAAGUCGUCCAGUAGAGUCAAAGGUCCUCCUAUCAUAGAGCCUUUACGAUGUUCGAGCAGUGAACCUUCAUCUGUUGAAAAGAAAAAGGUGACAAAAACAGGCACUGCUCUCACACCUCCUCUGACAAUGGUAAUAAAUCCCACACCUAUGGCUAAAAGAGUGAAGAAAAGCAAGCAACCGUUGCAUAUUACUAAAGACUUGGGACGAUGGAAACCUACAGAUGAUCUGCUGCUAAUAAAUGCUGUGCUACAGACUACUGAUCUGAAUGCUGUUCAUCUCGGGGUCAAGUUUAGCUGUCGUUUCAGUUUACGGGAAAUUAACGAGAGGUGGUACGCUCUGCUGUACGAUCCCGUCAUUUCCAAGUUGGCGUGGCAGGCUAUGCGGCAGCUCCAUCCUGAAGCAAUUGCAGCGAUUCAAAGUAAAGCUCUUUUCAGUCAAACGGAACAGACGCUGCUGGCCAAAAUUGGUUCAACCAGUCAACCCAAACUAGAUGUUUUCCAGGAGCUUCUGAGCAAACACCCCAGUGUCUUUCACCCCUCUCGCACACCCAAGAGCCUGAUGGUUCACUGGCAGCUGCUCAAGCAGUACUACCUGCUGGAUGACCAGAGUGUACAGCCUCUCCCUAAAGGUGACCAAGUCCUCAACUUUUCUGAUGCUGAGCAGAUGGUUGAUGAUGCAAAGUUAAAGGAAAGUAGAGACGAGGUGUUGGAACAUGAGCUGAUGAUUUCUGAUCGCCACCAGAAAAAAGAGAUCAGACAGUUGGAGCAGGAGUUGCCUCGAUGGCAGGUUCUUGUGGACAGUAUCACAGGGAUGAGCAUGCCUGAUUUUGACAAUCAGACCCUGGCAGCGUUGCGAGGAAGAAUGGUGCGCUACCUCAUGAGAUCAAGAGAGAUUACUUUGGGGAGAGCAACAAAAGACAAACAGAUAGAUGUGGAUCUGUCACUGGAGGGGCCUGCCUGGAAAAUAUCAAGAAAACAAGGAAUAAUUAAGCUGAAGAAUAAUGGAGACUUCUUCAUCGCCAACGAGGGCAGACGGCCGAUCUACAUCGAUGGCCGACCGGUCCUGUCGGGGAACAAGUGGAAACUAAACAACAACUCUGUGGUGGAGAUCGCAGGUCUUCGCUUUGUGUUUCUAAUAAACCUGGAGCUCAUCUCUCUGAUCAAAGCUGAAGCUGCUAAGAUGACGCAGCAGUGAGUGUCGGCUGUGCAGCAGACGGACCGGUCUGCGGGUGGUGUGUGUAACGCUGCGUUUACGACACCACUGAAGCUCAGCUGAGCAGAACUGGACUCAUGUUCACCCUCACGUGGGAUUAAACAGACCACAGCUAAACCCUGGAACAAAAUGGUAACUGCUUUAGUGUGGUGUAAGGAUAAUUUGUUUUCUAAUAUAGAUACUUUAAUUGUAGAGCCACAUUGUAUUUAAACUCUUACAUCAAUCCUUUUUAACAUAA